AUGGAAUCGAAUUUAAAGCUCACUGCUUUAGAUUCUGAUUUGUAUGAAGAUCCUUCAGCCUACAGAAGAUUAGUUGGAAGAUUGUUAUAUUUCACAAUAACUCAACUUGACCUUGCCUAUUCAGUCCAAGUUCUCAGUCAAGUUUUAGCCAAACCAGCUGUUAGUCAAUACCAAGCAGCCGUUCGAGUUAUUAGGUAUCUGAAGGCAACCCCUAGACAAGGAUUAUUCUUCCCAGCUUCAUCAGAAUUGCAGCUCAAAGCUUUCUCAAACAGUGAUUGGGCAGGGUGUAUUGACACUCGAAGGAGUGUAACAAGCUUUGCCAUCUUCUUGAGUGAUUCAUUAAUUUCAUGGAAGAGUAAAAAGCAAGUUACAAUAAGCAGAUCUUCUGCAGAAGUAGAGUAUAGGGCCCUUGCUUCAACAGCUUAUGAGAUUCAAUGGCUCCUUUAUGCAUUGCAAGACCUAAGAAUCAACCACCACCAGCCAACUUUGGUUUAUACAGACAACAUGAAAGAACAAAGCACAUACAGAUAG